CGGGUUUUUAUUUACAUUUAUUCUACAAGUUCUUCGAUUUUCCCCUUUUUUAUUGAUUGAGUUUCAAUCCCCUGUCUAUAAUUCUUCGUAAUAUUACGUGCUUUAGAUCAGAAACCAAGAAUUUAAUUUUGUUUCUUUUUGAAAGCUAUUGAUUCUCCCUCCCCCCCCCCCCGAAUUUCGUUGCUUUUUAUUAGGUUGUUUUCUGUUAAUUAAUUAGAUUGUAAAUAGUUAAUUUUAAUGCAAAGAAAGCUAAUUUUGACUUUAAUCUAUUCAACAUUCUUAAAAUUAACCAUAUUUUGGGAAAUUUAUGAGCUUUAUAUUAGCUAUUAGAAAUCAGUUUCAAUUAUUUUAAUGUUUUCUGCAGGAAAAAUUUGCAAGAGGAAGAGGAUUUGAUGGUUAAGGUUGUUAUUAACUAAUUAAAAUAAUUGCUCUCAGUGGCAUAAUUUUUAUAAUUUAAUCCAAAACAGGUCUCUCCUGAUGUGGCCUUUAUAUUUUCUUUUAAACAAGAUUCUUAAAACAGAUGAAGAUGAAGAUCAAAUGAACACCACAACACGAUGCUACGGUUUUGAGCAUCGAAUCAGCCACAAAUCGAUGUUGCCACGAUCCCAUUUCGUUCAAGUUCCACAUGUAAACCAAUUGUUCUCUUGGGAUUGUGGACUUGCUUGUGUGUUAAUGGCUUUAACUACUAUUGGUGUUAAUGAUUGUAGUAUUGAGAAUUUAGCUGAACUUUGCUGCACAACUAGCAUUUGGACAGUUGAUCUAGCUUACUUACUGCAAAAGUUUUCGGUUAGAUUUUCCUAUUAUACCGUAACAUUCGGAGCUAACCCGAACUACUCCGGUGAGACAUAUUAUAAGGAGCAACUGCCUAACGAUCUGGUUCGAGUAGAUACGCUAUUUAAAAAAGCGGUGGAAGCAGGAAUCAAUAUAGGGUGCAGGUCCAUCAGUGGUGAAGAAAUCUCUUGUUGGAUCUUGUCGGGAAAGUAUAUUGCAAUCGCUUUGGUUGACCAGUACAAAUUGAGUCAGUCUUGGAUGGAGGAUGUCAUCAUCCCUGGAUUUCAGGGAAACGAUGUAGGAUAUACCGGUCACUAUGUUGUGAUAUGCGGCUACGAUUCCGGAACAGACGAGUUCGAGAUCAGAGAUCCCUCGAGUUCUCGGGAACACGACAGGGUCUCAUCAAAGUGUCUCGAAGAAGCACGCAAAUCCUUCGGUACCGACGAAGAUCUUCUUCUGAUAUCACUCGAGGAGAGCCGGAAACCAAACUACUCCGUCUUAUAAUUUUCUGUACUUCAUGUAUAUGCCACGAUCCAUGCCAUGUAACUGUUUGUCGAGCUCUCCUCACCAUUUUCUGCACUUGCUCGUAUUUGAAGAUUGUGUAUAGUAAGCUCUUGGAAGAAAUAACUAGUCUUUGUAUGGUGUAGUUGGUCUAAUGAUUUGAUUUUUAAUCUGCAAAUUACUGGCAAUUUGUACAACAAUGCAUUCAUUUUGUACAUGAAAUUGUAUAUUGCAAUAUAUAAUUGUUGUAUAAUAAAUCAUGUUUUCUUUUUUCUUUUA